AGCACUGUGCGUUCCCAUGGUUACAAGCAUGUUGCGUCAUUGACAUGCGCUGUGUAAUGGAGAGCCAGGAAAGGAGAUUUUGGAGAAGAAAAAAAAAAAUCACUGAAGUCGGGAGGAAGUCACCAUGCAGGAUUUCACUUGUGUGUGUUUAAUUUGACCCAGCAGGAGAAUUUAAUGUGCUUAGCUGAGUCAGACCCUGGUGUCGAUUCGCGGUUUCGGCUGAUGUGCAUUUUGCCCUCAAUUCAGGUUUGGCAGAGUUAAAGAGGCUAGCGGGAACCGCCAGCAACAGCAGCUGUUUACAGACUCCCAUCACAGCCAGAAACCUAAAAGGGGACACUCGGGAUUGGGGGCGGUGAGUGUCCUCAACGUUGUUAGCAAGCACCACAGCUAGCUAAAUGCAGCUUGGACCAACUGAAGCCUUUUGCUGGUAAAGCUGCAACGAGGCCUGGCUAACCCUCAGACCAGGCGGUGUACAGAAGUUAAAGCCAAGUUAGCCUUCACAGAAACGAGACACUGAAACACAUACCCGACACCUAAAACCAUUACCUGACCCGUGUGACCGCACUUGAUGAUUAUACGGGCUCAGAUGGAGGAAAUCAGCUGAUAUUUAACCUGUUAUGGCUUCUGUCAAACACUCCCCUUUCUGAAGGACACAACCAUGAGUUCUCGCAAGGUGGAGGAGCUACCAAGUGACAGCAAGGAUUCACCUCCUGCUGCCAAUCAGCCUUCGCGAACUGAGCCUGACGGUGUCACAGAAGAGCUCCCGUCAGAUCCAAUCCACGAAACUGCAAAGUCUCAGAAAGCGGGAAAAUUCAAGAGGACUGCCUUGACAUUUUUCAGUGUUCGUAAAAGUAUAUGUAUUCUACCGAGUUUCUUUGGAGGGAGGAACAAAAAUCAGAACAAGUGGUCCUCUAAGAAAGGAAUCGGCAAAAGCAGAACACACGAUGGGCUUUGUAAGGUCAGCGAUGACAACGCUCUCAGGAGUGGGUAUGUCUCUUCUGGAGACUUCGAGUACCACAGCCACAGGGAUGCAGCUGGAGACCUCCACAGUGGCUGUCAAGGGGAAUGCAAUCACCCAACCCCUGACCAGAAGUCACUGACCCUUGGCCGACAAAGAAAAGGCUUAAGGAGUCUUUUUCAGAGUUUUAGGCAUCACAGAAGCCAGAGAAAUAAUGAUACAAGUGAAGCUAAUGCUGUGUCUUCUCCUCAAUGCAAGAAAGAGGUGCCUGUUGUCCAACGCAACACAAACCGCAGUGCCACAGAGUUCCUAGAAUGUGAUCACGACGUGCCUGAGUUUGUAGAGGAUCUGUGUGACAUUUCCAUCGGUCUUGAAUGUAGUCGUGCAGAUGCAAAAGCAAAGGAGAGCAGCAUGGAGAAAGAAAGCCCAAAGUCUGAGCCUCAACUGUCUGAUGACAAACACAAGGACGCUAACUUAAAAGCAGGACCUUCUGGUGGUUACGACAACAGUUGCAGACGUUCCAGCGAACCUUGUCUGAAACUUCAGAUGGCGUCCGAAACACCUGCCGGUUCGUCGGAUCAGCUGAACCAAAUUUUUGGAGAGGUUUCAUCGCUAAAGAGCUUUGAUUCCCUCACAGGUUGUGGGGACAUCAUCGCAGAUCAAGAGGAUGACAGCAUCACGGAGAGCACAGUGUCUGGAGAGAGGAGCAGAAAUGGAGGGAAGAGGGCCUCUUGUUAUCUCACCUACCAGGGCGGUGGCGAAGAGAUGGCCUCGCCAGAAGAUCUGGAUGGAACGUGUCUUCAGGAUUUCUGGGGAAGCAACACAUCAGAGAUUGUCUAUUACAGCUGUGAUCCGGACCAGACAGAGAUGACCACUGAGUUGACAAGUUUGCACAAUGCAGAUGCACUGAACAGCAGCAGCAGCACGCAGCAGGCUGGAGCGAUGGACACGUCAUCCAUAGCUGAUGUUCUAACCCCUCAAAGCGAACAUCAGGAGUCAGGUCCUAAUAGUGAUGAGGGAUAUUAUGAUUCCACCACGCCAGGGCUGGACGAAGGGCAAGAAAAAAGGUCCAGCAGAUUACCCAGGGAUAGUUACAGUGGGGAUGCCCUCUAUGAACUUUUUGCACCCGAUGAGAGUCUCAUCAGCCCUCAUUAUGAAAACAAAUCCCAACUUCCCAGUUCAAAACACGGUGACUACUUAACGGAGCCAGUCAGCUCAACAGAUCCUGCCUUUGUCCCAAAAAUGAGUCACUUACAGAUAAGUGCUGAUCUGUACAAAGAUGAUUUUCUUGAGAUGCCAAACUCAUUCAGUAAAAAUCAGGAUAUUGGUGCAAACGAAAUCUGUAAUUUGAAUUUAAAACCGCAAAUACUAGUCAACACGAACAAUCUCAAAGCCAAGAUUUUUGAUGAAAAAGAGAGUGUGCUUGCUUCUGCCAACAAAAGAACAAAACCCAUAAAUGCAGAACGUGAGAAAAGAUGCAGUGGUUUAUCGUUUGGAAGCGCGUCGGACCCAGACUUUGAGACCUUCUGUGAACCCAAAGAAGAGCAUAUUGAAGAAAACAAGCCUGUGGCGUUGCCAUACAAAAAUAUCAAUUCUCAGUCUGAAGAAUGCAACAGCUACAUAGAGGAUGGGCAGACUGUGUGUUUCUCACAAGCACUUGUGGAUUACACAAAACACACUCAGUUGCUCUGCAAGCUGGGUAGUGAGGUGGACGACUUGGAAAGGAGCUCCACCUUCACUCCAAACAUGGAGGCCUUACCAACGAUUGUCACAUUUGAUGUUGUAGACCUUCGCAACGAGGGGGAAUACGAUGAGCAGAUGGAGCUGGAGGAGGACGUUUCAUCGCCUUAUCAGGAGUUUGAAGAAAGCUACCUACAAAAAGACGCAUUUGCUGAAUGCGACUAUCAGAUGUUGGACCUGUAUGAACAGAAUCUGAUCAGCAACACAUGGGCUGUUGCUAGUCUUCCGCGGCAUUUGGGUCUAACGAGCCAGUCCACAUCGAACCCACUGUCCCUGGACAGGAGGAGCAGGUCUCUAGAUACGGAUAGCCUUGAGUUGCCUGAAACGUACAGAGAGAACAGACCUGCUGUGUCCUCAGAGCAGGACUCUGAGAGAAACUGUUCACCAUAUUAUAGAAAGAAAAUAGUUCUGUCUGCCUCAGAGGUCAGAGACUGUAACAAUGUUACGAGCCUUUCAUGGCAGAAGAAAUCAGAAGUAACUGUGGCAGAUGAAAUUGCUGAAAAUGUCCAGAGUCUCAGUCAAGCCCACAAGCAACCGCAGUAUUUUUGCUCUGUGUCGGGCGGCGUAAGUUGCGAUUUAGUUUCACAGAAUCCAGAACUCUACAGUAGGCAGUGUCAUCUUCCUUUGCGAUCAGAUUGCUGUCUUUCUCAUAGCACCUUUGGGAUGAAGGAGGAGGAAUCUGAUGAUGUUUUCUGCCAGAGUCCUGCUAAUUUACACUCUCACGGUCAGGGCAGUAAAGGCAGAGCCCUAGCAGGUAGGGAGAUUCCAUCCCAUGCUAGAAGUCCCCUCAGCUCUCCCUCAGUUAAGGAAAAAACUGUUAUCUUUAGUGAAGCAAAGGGGGAUGGGGCGACCCCUGUGACCUGCAAUAAUCACUCUGAGGCCACCUGUAAUUGAGUGUGAAUCACAUAUAAAUGUGCCAUAGAGUGUUUUAACAGGGUGCUGGUCAUUUCACCCCUUCGCCAAAUCAUAUCUUUGUGGUUUUGGAUGUCUGGAACUUAUUUAGAUACAAAAUUGAGCUGUUUGCUCUGGAAUGUUUCGGACAAACCAUCAUACCAAUCAGGGGAGACCUUGUAUCUACUAUCAAUAGUGAUGUGAAGUCAUUUUCUGUGGUUCAUAUGACUCCAAAAAAUAAUAUGUACCAGCAGGGUUAAUUUGGUUUAAUUGGAGAAUUCUAAUAAGUCAAGUAGUAGGUCCUUAUUAAGUCUGUUUUGUGUUGUUUUCCUUUAUUUUCUUUACUUUUUCCUAUUUUUCAUGAGUUCCAUAUUUUACAGCCAUUAUUGUUGUAAAAUGUACCAACAGUCUAAAACAAAAGUAACCCAAAGCAAAUUAUUUAAUUAAAUUUAACCAAACAAUGUGCUUAGUAGGCUUUUCUUUUAAACAACAAAUAUUUCUGCUUAAAGUAGUGUUCCUGCUUAUUAAUGAAGUACAGAAAUGUCCCUUAUUUCUAUACUCUUCUUAUGUGAACUUAAAUACAUGCUCUAGUUAAAUACAGGGUAUUUGUUACAAAAUUACUCUUGUAAUUAUAUUUUGAGUUUCUGCAAGAAAAACAUCUUAUUUAGAGAGCUGUCAUAAUGUUCUAACCACACUUUACCUGAACACUUUGUCACUUAUCUGCUCAAAUAUUUCUGUAGAGUUUUCUGUAAAACCUGCAUCCUGUUUCUGCUGACUAUCUUUGCAUAAGGACACGGUUCACUGAUAAUUUGUGUUUACUGGCCAAAACAGAGAUCAGAACCAACGUUAAUAGAAAUAAAGUAUGAUAGAAAGUUUAAAAAAAAAUAGGACAAUAAGGCUAUGGGACAAACUGGCAGCUUAUUGAUAUGACGUGGCGAAGGGGCAGACUGACUCAGACCGGCUUUUAUGUUUAUCCAAAGUAGCAUUUGUAUCUCAUUUUUUUCUUGUACAGCUGAUUGUUUUGAACAGUUUGACUCACUGUGAUGGACAGGAGGUGAAAUAAAAUUUUAAAGCAAUUCAGACAUGUGCAAUAAGAAGGAUAACGACCUGCUGCAUUAAAUAAAAUGCUCUGAAGUCCGAAUAAAUAGAAAAAAAAAAUAAAAAUCAUUGCUCCUUGUAUGUUUGCACACGACUUUCUUAGAUGCUGGCUGAAAGGGUUUGAGGAGGUGGUUGUGUAAUUUUCAGUGAAAAUGCCAACACUGUCAUCUUAUUAAGCUACUGAAUUUAACUGGAAUGUUGUAGACAUUCAGGUCUCAACACUAAAUCUCACACUCUGUUCUGUAUUAUCGCCACUCAUUGGCCUGGGUUUUAUUGCGCAGCGGCUUCGUUUUUCCACUGCUGCCUUUCAGCAAUGAAUGCUUUUGCUUUAAGUGUCUGUUCAUGUUCAUGUUUACAGUCACUCUUUGCAGUAGUGAGGUCUGUUUUGAGCUCUAUAGAUUUAUUCUCAGAUCAGAUUAGUUAUAGGGAAAAAAGAACAGCAAUGCAUCAGUUCAGAAAGAGAAAUAUCAAAUGCCUUGAAUUUAUUUUUCUUAAACAGAGACACAUUUUGUCAGAUGUAAAAUGCAUUGAGUCGAACUAAAAAAAAAAUGAAAAAGAAAAGUGCCUGUUGGCUAAUUUAUCUCCCAUAAAUAAGUGUAGGGAGUAUACAGAUGGUGCUAGUAAACGAUGGCGAUAGGGUUUGAACUUUAGCUGUCACAUUUCAUUUACAUGUAGUAAGCUUUGCAAGGCAAAACAACUGUAUUUGUUUAGCUAAUUUCUCAUGCAAAUGGAGAAAAAGCUAGAUAUUGUUUAUCUAAGAGAUACUAAAGAGCCUCCCCAGAAGCAGUUAAAUAAAAAUAAAGUUGAAAACAUGUUUACUGUGCUUGUUACAGGCCUGGAAAUGGCAUAAACCAUCAUUUUAUGCUUUUUUCUUCCUGCUACCUUUUGUUUGGAUAAACUUCAUAAUGCUAGCUAAAGUCAUGCACUCAGUUGUUGAAUUCAAGUGUGCUGAAUUAACAAGUAGUGUUUUGUUUGAAUCUGAAAUCAUAGUUUUAAAGAAAGCUGGUUUCACCUUGUAUCAUUUUCUUGUGAAACGAUGUUUUUAACAGCGUUUUCAGAAACAGUGUAUUUGUAUUUAUAUUUUCAACUAUUUGUAGAUUGUAAUGUGGACAGAAUUGUUGUUACAAAUUGUCAAUGCUGUAUUUUGAGUUCUCCAACUCUUUUUUUUUUUUUUUUUUUUUUAUCGAGUUGCAUUAUCUGUCUGAAAAUCUGUUACAGUUUGUCUGAAUAGAAUACUGCCUUACAUAAGAAUAAACACGACAACGGUUUAGCUCUA